AUGAGAUUUUUUGAUAGUUUUGCUUUUCUUUGUUAUUUUUCUCGUAGAUUUUUCUCAGCUUCCUUUUGCUUUCUUUUUUUUUUUUCAUCAUCUUUUACGGUUUUGCUUGAUUAUGUUUUUCAUACUUGCUUUCUUUCUUUCUUUCUUUCUUUCUUUCUUUCUUUCUUUCUUUCUGUCUGUCUUCCCCUUGCUCUCCCUUCUUUCUUUCUUUCUUUCUUUCUUUCUUUCUUUCUUUCUUUCUUAAGAAAUUUGAUCGCCCUUUUCUUUCUUUUUCUUUCCUCUUCUUUCUUUCUUUCUUUCUUUUUUAUUAUCUUCUUUUAUUUUGUUCUUUCUUUCCUAAGAAAUUUGCUCUCCUUUUCUUUCUUAUUUUUGAAAAUUUUCUUCACUGUUUGUUUUUUCUUUUCUUUUUCCUUGCCCUCCUUUAUUUUAUACAUUCCAUCUUUUCAUUCUUUUGAGUACAUUUUUCAAUCCUAUAUUCUUCUCUUCUUUUCAUUACCUUAUUAUCCUUCCACAUAUUUCUUUCUUUCUUUCUUUCUUUCUUUCUUUCUUUCUUUCUUUCUUUCUUUCUUUCUCAUUGAUUUAUGUUCUGUUUUUUUUUUCUUUUAUGCAGUGUUAAUACAUAUUUUCAUAUCUAUCUAUCUAUCUAUCUAUCUAUCUAUCUAUCUAUCUAUCUAUCUAUCUAUCUAUCUAUCUAUGUUGUUCAGUCCUCAUCUAUCUAUCCAUCUCUUUAAGGUGUUCAUGUCAAUCUAUAUAUCUAUCUGCUCCCUCUUCGACCCUCGUCGUCUCACUGCCAAGACAAAGAGCCUGCAAGAUCUCCUCCAGGAAGACCUCUUUGCUGAUGACUGUGCACUAGUGGCCCAUGAUCUCCAGCUGAUACUGGACCGUUUCUCUGACGCCUGUAAGCUCUUCGGCCUGACAAUCAGUCACGGCAAGACUGAGGUGCUUCAUCAGCCCACACCAAACAGAAACACCUCAGCAUCGACCAUCAUCAUCAGUGACAUACAGCUUGCCAAUGGUAAGCAUUCCAAAUACCUGAGAAGUACCAUCUCUCGUGACGGCUCCUUUGACAAAACAAUUGACGCUAGAAUCAGCAAAUCAAAUCAGGCAUUAGGAAGACGUCGCGACAGAGUGCUCAGUCAACACAACAUUCGAAUCUAUCUAUCUAUCUAUCUAUCUAUCUAUCUAUCUAUCUAUCUAUCUAUCUAUAUCAUUCUGAUUAUCUAUCUAUCUAUUUAUCUCAUUCUAUCUAUCUCAUUCUAUCUAUUUAUCUCAUUAUAUGUAUCUAUCUAUCUAUCUAUCUAUCUAUCUAUCUCACUCUAUCUAUCUAUCUAUCUAUCUAUCUAUCUAUCUUAG